AAGAAGAAGAAUUAGAAAAAAAAGAAGAAUUAGAAAAAAAGAUAGAAAAAUUAGAAGAGGAAUUAAAAAAGAAGGAAGAAAAAGAAUUAAAAGAGAAAGAAGAAGAAGAAUUAGAAGAGGAGAAAUAA